AUGUUAUCCUUAUCAAAUAGUGGUACCAGAGUAUUAAAUAUUAUUGGUAGAAAUCAAAGCAUAUCAUCCACAAUGAUAAUAUCUAAUUCGUUAACAUCAAUAAUUCCAUCAUUAUCAUAUUCAACUAAAGGAGGUAGAAGAAAUUUAAGAGAUUCAAGUGAAGUUAUUAUAAAACCAAAAAAUGAUAACAACGACAACAACAACAACAUUAAUAAAAAUAAUGAUAUAAAUGUAAAUUCAGGUGACAUUCAAAGAAGUUCAGGUGAAGUUAUAACUAAACCAAAAAAUAGUAACAACAAUGUUGAUAAUGAAAGUAAAAAAGUCACUAAAAAUAGAACUUCAUCAGAAGUUUCAAUAAAACCAAGAAUUGAAAAAAUCAACGAUAAUAAUAAUAAUGUAGAUCGUGAAAUUAUUUAUUCUCAAAAAAGAACUUCAAGUGGAGUUAAAACAAUAAAACCAAUAAAUGAUAAUAGUAAUAAUAAUAAUAAUAAUGGAAAUGAAAAAAUUGAUGAUUCUCCAAAAAGAUAUUCAAGAUUAAAACCUUCAAAAACUAUUAAUAAACAUGAAAAUGAAAAAACUAUUGAUUCUCAAAAAAGAAUUUAUGGAUUAAAAACUUUUGAUAAAGAACCAAUUAAAUCUUCAAGAAUGGGUUUAGGUAGUAUGUUAACAAAAGAAAGAAAAUCUUAUAAAAAUAUAAAUUUGGAAAAUAAUGAUGAACCUUCACCAAUUGUCACUCUAAAUAGUGAAAAAGUAUUUAGUCAAAAAAGAGUUAGAAAUUUAAAAACCAAUGAAGAUAAAAAAAUUGAAAAUGAAGAUUUACCAACACCACCUUUAAAAAGUUACCAACCAAAUAAAAAACCCACAAUAACUGAUACUCAAAAUAGAAAUUAUAUAUUAAAAUCUAAAAGUAGUAUAGAUAUUGAUGAUACUAAUAAUAAUAAUAAUUAUAAUAGUUAUAAUAGAAAUAAUAAUAAUAAUAAUAAUAAUUAUAAUAAUAAUGAAAAUGAAAAUGAAAAUGAAAAUGAAAAUGAAAAUGAAAAUGAAAAUGAAAUUGAAAAACAAGAAAAUAAUAAUAAUAAUAAUUAUAAUGAAGAAAAAAAGAAUGAAAUACAUAUAUCACAAAUUAGAUCAGUUUUAUCAAUAUUUGAAAGAAGACCAGAAGAUUUAGUUAAAUUAUAUAUUGACAGUAAAUUUUAUAAAGAUAAUAAAUUAGAAUUGAAAGCAUUGAUUAAACAUUUUGUAGAUUCAAGUAAAACUUAUAAAAUAUUGAAUGAAGAAGAGAGUGAAGAAACUUUAAGAAAAGUUAGUGGUACAAUUCAUCAUGGUGGUAUUUGUGCAGUUACAAAAAAGAAAUAUUGUAUGCCAACUAAAGAAUUAUUUGAUAAAGAGAUGGAAAAAGCCAAUUUCCUUUCAAAUUCACCAUUCACCAAUAAAGUUCAUUCUUUCUCUAGUGAAUUUUCAAAAUCAAAAAUUUUAAAUCAAAUUAAAUUCAAUUCAUUAGGUUCAGGUUCAAAACCAGUGGUUUUAUUGUUGGAUGGAAUUGAAAAUCCUCAAAAUAUUGGUGCAAUCAUUCGUAGUGCUGUUUUAUUUGGUGUUGAAUCUGUUAUCUUUGUGAAUGAAUUUGAUAAGAAAACAGGCUCAAUCAAUCCAUACUCUGCUGAAAGUUAUCGUAGCAGUCGUGGUGCUGUUGAAUAUUGUAAUAUCUCUCAACUUUAUUUACGUAGAGAUGCUGCUGAAGUUUUAGAUGAAUUUGUUGAAAAUGGUUGGGAAGUAGUUACAACUGCAAGUAAUAAACUCAUUGAUGACAAUGCUGACAAUGGCAUCGUUGAACAAUUCAAACCACUAAAAUCAUUAACAAAGAAUAUCUCAUUAUAUUCUGAUGAGUCAAAUAGAGUUUUAGGACUUAAACCAAUUGUAUUGGUAUUAGGUUCAGAAACAAAGGGUAUUAGUAGAACAAUUAGUAAAAAGUCAACUGUUUCAAUUUCAAUUCCAGGUACAGGUUUAAUUGAAUCAUUAAACGUUUCACAAGCAUCUUCAAUCAUUUUAGGUGAAUGUUGGCGUAUUCAAGCUAGAUCAUUACAAAAACCAAACAUUGAACGUGUUAAACAAAUUAGAGCUAAAGGUAUUGAAUCAUUAGAGAUUUCACCAAAACUUUUAGGUAUUAAAGAAUCUGAAAUCUAUAAAGAUGAACUUCAACAACAAGAUGAACAACAACAUGAUCAAGAAGAACAAGAACAAGAUGAACAAGAACAAGAACAAUAUAAAGAAGAAUAUAAACCAAAAUUAAAACCAAGAAAAUUAAAAAAUAAAAAAGUUGAACUAAAAGCUAAAAUUGGAAAACCACGUAAUAAAAAAAGAUUUUAA